AUGACAGCAGUAGAACAAGAUAAGGAACUUAUAAAACUGCAGAAAGAAUUAACAAAAGCUUUGAAUAGAAAAGAAGAGCUUUCUAAACAAUAUAAUACACUAAAUAAGGAUUUUAGUACACUUCUUCGGAAAACAACAAGUUUAAUCCAAAUCUUCGAAGUGUUGGGAGAAGAAGAGGUAAAUAAAAUGGUCCAACUCGACGAACAACUAAUACCUUCACAUAUAAUUACCAAAUUUCCAGCUUUAGAAAAAUACAAUGAAUUAAUACAGAAAAUUGACGGGGAAAAUCCCAUUACUGACGCCAAAAUUAAAGACUUACCUAUCGAUAUUUAUAAAAUGUAUGAUAUAUAUGAAAAAACACCCUUAUUAUAUAAAGAUGCUUUAACAGAUAAAUAA